AUGCCCAAGGAAGAGUACGUGGCGCAACAUAACUUGGCGAACCUCCAAAUCGACCAGCUUAUCACGGGCUUCUCCCGCGAUUCGAUGCAGUUCGAACAGCCACCGCUGAUGAAUCUCUUCUUCAUGCGCGAUCCGAUCUUUUGCGUGCCCGGCGGUUGGGCGGUGAUUGCCCGUCCCUUCUACGCCAUCCGCCAGCGUGAGGCGCAGUUGCUUCGUGCAAUCUUCCGUCUUCAUCCCAGUCUAAAGGGUGUUAAAGUCUACGAAGACUUGGCCGACGACCCCGAGGUCACCAUUGAAGGUGGCGAUGUCCUCGUCGCUGACAGGGAGACCGUCCUGGUCGGCGUCUCACAGCGCACGAACGAGAAGGGCGCCGAGAAGCUCGCACAGUUCCUCUUUUCCCACACGCCUGUGAAGCGAGUUGUCAAGGUCUACAUCCCCAAGCAGAGGGCCUUCAUGCACCUCGACACGCUAUUCACUUUUGUGGACCGUGGCAUGGUGGUGACGAUGCCUUACUUCUGGUCCAAGCCCGAAGUGUACGCCGAGGUCGCGCGCCGGGCGAACCAGCUGAAUGAAAAGAUGGGCAGUGACCAGCGCCAGGAUCUUGACGAGUGGAUCAAGGAGCCGCCGCGAAUCGAGGCUACCCCUCAGCGGCAGGACUGCUCUGGAUUAGACUGCGACUUAGCAGCCGACCCUGCGAACCACUUCCAGCUGCUCCAGUACACGAUGUCUGUACGGAGUGGUCAAGACUUCUCCGAGUGGAUCGGGAAAGGUGGGAACUUCAUCAGGUCGGGGUCGACGUCGGCGAUCCCGCCGUCCUUCUCAGCGGGUCCGGCCUGGUCCUGGACAGCUCCAAACAACGGAGUUGUGCGGGGAUCGCCCGUAGUGGAUUCCAAGGGUGCCAUCUAUCAGUCAUCCAUAGACGGCCAGCUGCUGAAAUUCUCGCGGCAGGGCAGCCUCCUGUGGACUUUCAGCACCUCGGGAGUCCAGUUGCCCGGCAACCCAGUACUCCUGAAGGGCGUCCUCUACAGCAUUGGUGCAGAUGGCAGGAUGUUUGGUGUGGGAUCCGAAGAUGGGAAGCUCGUCUGGGACACGCCCGCCUGCGAAAUCGCCAGCACGGAUACGCACACCGUCAUUGCGGGCGAAGGGCUUGUCCUUGCUUCCUGCUUGAGUCAAAACGAGUCCGUGGCCUUUGGGUCCGCGACCACGGUGGUUGCCUGCAAUGCCACAGAUGGUGCCAUUCUCUGGAAGUUCCGUCCAGACAACGGACUCUACAACUGGAUUGGAUCAAUUCAGAACGGAUCCCUUCUCUUCUCGGACGCCAUGGGGGGCACCUACCGGCUGAGACUGAAAGAUGGGUCCCUCGUCUGGAAGAACCCUGCUCCCAGCUCUGCCAGUUCCACCACGGGCGGCAUGACAGGUGCCGGCAACGGCCUUGUCUACGUCACCAGCAACUUGGAGGGAGGUACGAAGACAGGGUUGGUGACAGCGUUUUCUGCGGAAGAUGGCCAUCUUGUCUGGCAGCGGACGUUCCCCAAGUACCCGGCGAACUCGGGCCCGGCAGUUACGACACAUGGCAGCCGACCUAUGGUGGUGGUCGCCAUAGGGACGAACCCCGGCUUGCUAGUGCCCGGCGGAACGGUGAUCGACCUGGACAUAUUUGAGAACAGCACGGACCAGCGCCAUCCUUCCAAGGCAGUGGCCAUGGAUCCACAGAGUGGUCAGACCAUCUGGGAGUACAACUUCCCGGACUGGCAUGGAGCUGCAGCUGGUGAGGGUCCAGGCCACAUCUGUUUGCCGGACUCCUGGGCCAAUCCGGUCAUCGCCGGAGAUGGCGCCGUCUUUGUGGCCGGCAUGUCUGGCAAUGUCUACCGCCUCAUCGACACGGAUGGAAAUGGAAAGUUGGAGGAAGAGCACGACGAGGUCUCGGCGUUUCCCACCGGCAAUGCGUUCCAGGCAGCCCCAGCAAUCUCCGAAGGCAUUCUCGCGGUGUCGCCUUGCAACGGCUUGCACGUGUUCUUGUCUUGA